AAAAUAAAAAGAAAAAUUGUUUUCCAGUCUUCAAAUUCAAUUGUGUUGGUGUCUACAAGUAAUAUCGAAAGGCUCCGCACAAUGCCCGCUUUGACUACAAUUAGUUUAUUGGCUGGAAUGUUAGUCGGUACAGUGAUUGGAUACGUACUUUGGGAAUGUGCAUAUGCAUUCCUUCCAUCCAUGCGGAAUACGAAUGAUCAUCGUAUUGGGGAGUUACGAAUGUCAGCGAUACCUGAAGAAGAUUAUCCGAAUGUUACACGAUUAAUCGAUCUAUACAAUUUCUCCUAUAUCAUGAACCAACCCAGCUGCACUUCAAAUGUUGAUGCACUGAUUCUUGUACCUUCAAAACCAGAAAAUCAGGAAAACCGCAAGUUAAUACGACAAACAUGGGCCAACUUCGUCGAGUUGCCGUUAUUCAAAAAUAAUAUCCCUUUCCGCGUUAUCUUUCUGCUUGGUCUUCCCGAUACGGAUGCGAAGCAAGCAGAGUUAGAACGUGAAAAUUUCGAAUACGAUGAUUUGGUGCAGGGUUCAUUCAUCGACAACUAUCAGAAUUUGACAUACAAACAUGUGAUGGCCUUAAAGUGGUAUCUCUCCUAUUGUAGUAAGUCGAAGAUUCUCAUCAAGGUGGAUGAUAACGUUUUCCUGAAUACACCACAGCUGAUGAUCUACCUCCAUAACACUAUGUUGCAUAGUGAGCUGCACCAAACCACCACCACUACUCCUAUCGCUAUAAGAAAUACUACCGAGCCGUCGGAGUUCCUCUUGAGGAGACAACGAGAUUUGUUGUUUUGUAACCGUAAAACUGGAGUUCGCGCCCAUCGCAAUUAUCGUCUUAAGAGACGUGCCAAUUACAGCAAUUAUGCCAGCUCAACUUAUCCACCUCACUGUCCUGGUUAUGGUAUUAUCUACUCACCUGAUGUGGUACAACGUUUGUAUGAUGCUGCACAGCAAGCCCAAUUCUUUGGGAUUGAUGACAUUCAUAUAACGGGAUUUCUAGCCGAAAAGCUCAAUAUAAAUAUCAUUCCGGCGCAGGCUUAUACCGUUACUUGCGUGCCUGGCCAACCGACGUGCAAUGUAUUACUCGAUAAUUCAACAAAUGUAAAUAAGCUUGAAUUUUUAUUUUCAUUUGAGCCGGAAGCAAAGCAAAUGCUCAAUAUGUGGCAUUUACACCUUGAAAGGGUGAGGCAACACAUUUUGUAAGAUGUGGAAUAGAGAAUUUCUUAUAUCGAUCCAGUUGGAACUUAAUAUUGUCAGGAUGUUGAGCAUUUGGGAACUAAUUAGCAGCUCUUUUUGCUUUUAGGCAAUAAGGCAUUUGUAGAAAGAGGCAAUGAAAUAAAAAGAAAUUCAAUUAUGUAUAAAAAUUAUCCUAUAUCCAAUUUUUGCAAAUGGCGUGCCACGUCAAUUAUAUUUAUUUGACCCUUAUUAUGAACUAGACACCUUCAGUAUACAAACAGACAAGUAAUGGAGCACCUAAAGGUCAAAAUAAAG